CUUCCGCCUGCCGGCCGCCCUGUCCCGCCUGAGAGAGUUGAGAUCUUGUCUUUACAUCUGUGCCGGAGCAGAGGGUGCGCACCUCGGGUGAGAGUUCCGGUGGCGGGCCUCUGCGCGGCCUGGGGAUCUCAGGACAGGUGGUGCGGGAGACUGGAGCAAGAAGUCUCGGGAAUCCCCAGGCUGGCCCUCCCCUCCCCCAACCCCCGGCUGCUCGGCGCGGGUCAGGCCGAGUCCUGGUCCGCGCUGAACCUUCACAGCUCUCUAUACUUACUCACGAGCAGCAGAAAUGUACAUGUCUCAGGAAUCAGUGUCAUUUGAGGACGUGACUGUGGAAUUUACCCAGGAGGAGUGGCAGCACUUGGGCCCUGUGCAGAGGACACUGUACAGAGAUGUGAUGCUGGAGAAUUACAGCCACCUUGUUUCACUGGGGUAUUGCAUUAGCAAACCCAAAGUGAUCUUCAAGUUGGAGCAAGGAGAAGAGCCCUGGUCCUUAGAGGACGAAUUCCUCAGCCACAGGUAUCCAGGAUAUUAUGAAGUUGAUGACCACAUGAAAAAGAUCGAGGAAAAACAAGGGAAGCCUCUGUGGCAAGUAAUAUUCAUUGAUGAUGAAAUAUUGAAUAAAGAAGGACAGAAAGUUUUAGAAAACACAUUUAAUCCAGGCAUAGCUCCAGAGUUUUCAGGACGAAUACCCUGUAAAUGUGACUCAUGUAAAAUGAAUUUUCCAAUUGUUUCUGAAUUAAUUUUAUGUGAAGGGAACUGUCCAAGAAAGAAGGCUCAUUACUUGAAUGUGUGUGAAAGAUUGCAGCUUGAUAUUGACUGUGAGAAAACUCAUACUGGACAUAAAUCUUAUGAAUAUAAUAAAAACGUGAAAACUCACAAUCAUAAGAAGGAUCAGUAUCAGAAAUUUCAAACUUGGAAGCAAUCUUUUGAAUGUAAUGAAUUUGGAAAAGUCCUACAUGAUAAGGUCUGUAUUACAGCCGGGAGUUUUCCAACAGGAGUGAAUCCCUGUAAGGAUGAUGAAUUUAGGAAAAACUGUGAUAAAACCAUUUUAUUUAACCACAUGAGAACUGACAUAAAGGAGAAGUACUCUGAUCUUAAUACAUGUGAGAAAUUUUGUGAAACAACUAUCACUGUGGAAUACAGUAAAGUUCACGUGGCUAUGACACACUAUGAAUGUAAUGAAAGGAGGAUUGAUUUGAAUGGGAUAUCACCUCUUACUCAAUCUCAGAGAACUGUUAGAGGAGAGAGUGCUGUUGAAAGCAAUAAAUGUGGAGAAAACUUUAGCCAGAGCUCAUCACAUGUAAUACAUCAGAAAACACAAACUGGCAAUAAACUAUAUGCAUAUAAUGGAUGUAUGGAUGCCUUCUACCAGAAAUUAGACUUUACAAUGUACCACAAAACUCACACAGAAGAGAAAUUCUACCAGUCUGGUGAAUAUGGGAAAUCUGGGAAAUCCUGUUAUCAGAAAGCAUACUUCAUUCACAAUCAGAAAUCCCAUUCAGGGGAGACAUCUUACCAAUCUGAGGAAUAUGGGAAAUCCUUUUGCUCAAGUUCACACCCUGUUCAGCAUUCUGAAACUUAUGUGACGUUCAAACUUUAUAAAUGUAGUGAAUGUGGGAAAAGUUUCUGUCAGAAGUCUAACCUCACUGAACAUAUAAGAAUUCACACAAAGGAGAAUUAUGAAAACAGUGGCUAUGGGAAAUCUUACAAGUCACUCCUCACAGGAUGUCAGAGAACAGACACAGAUAUGAAACUCCAUCAAGGCAGUAAAUAUAGGAAAACAUUGUCCAACAUGGCGCAUCUCAAAGAACAUCAGAGAAUUCACAUAGAGGAGAAACUUUGUGAGUGUACUGAAUGUGGAAAAUUUUUCUCCAAGACAUCACAUCUCAGAGCACACCAGAGAAUUCACACAGGUGAAAAACCCUAUGAAUGUACUGAAUAUGAGAAAACUUUCUCUCACAAGAUGCACCUCAAUGCACAUCAGAGAAUUCACACAGGGAAUAAACCUUAUGAAUGUAAUGAAUGUGGGAGAUGUUUUACCUAUAAUUCAGCCCUCAGAGCACAUCAGAGAAUCCACACGGGUGAGAAACCCUAUGAAUGUAGUGACUGUGAGAAAGCCUUUGCCCACAAUUCAGCCCUCAGAGCACAUCAGAGGAUUCACACAGGAGAGAAACCUUAUGAAUGUAAUGAUUGUGGAAGGUCUUUUGCCCAUAUUUCUGUUCUCAAAGCACAUCAAAGAAUUCAUACAGGGGAGAAACCCUAUGAAUGUAGUGAAUGUGGCAGAUAUUUUACCUAUAAUUCAGCUCUGAGAGCACAUCAGAGAAUUCAUACAGGUAAAAAGCCUUAUGAAUGUAGUGACUGUGAGAAAACUUUUGCCCAUAAUUCAGCCCUCAGAGUACAUCAGAGAGUUCAUACAGGAGAGAAACCAUAUAAAUGUAACGAAUGUGAGAAAACUUUUGCCCAUAAUUCAGCCCUUAGAGCACAUCAGAAAAUUCACACGGGGGAGAAACACUAUGAAUGUAAUGAAUGUGGGAAAACUUUCUCCCAGAAGACUCACCUCAGUACACAUCAGAGAAUUCACACAGGGGAGAAACCUUAUGAAUGUAGUGAAUGUGGGAAAACUUUCUCCCAGAAGUCAUACCUCAGUGGACAUGAGAGAAUUCACACAGGGGAAAAACCCUAUGAAUGUAACAUAUGUGGGAAAACUUUUGUCCAUAAGGCAGCACUCAUAGUGCAUCAAAGAAUUCACACAGGAGAGAAACCUUUUGAGUGUUACGAAUGUGGAAAAACUUUCUCCCAGAGAACACACCUCUGUGCACAUCAGAGAAUUCAUACAGGGGAAAAACCCUAUAAAUGUAAUGAAUGUGGCAAAACUUUUGCAGAUAAUUCAGCCCUCAGAGCACAUCAGAGAAUUCACACAGUGUUUUAGACAAAGACUCUGAUGUGUGGCAAUGACAGCUGUGAUAAUUAAACUGGCCCAAAAGAUCUGUUUGAACUCAGUGGAGGUAAAAAACGAAAAAUCAUUUGCUUUAGAGUAAUGUCUCUUUAAUUCUGUGCUAAUAGCAAUUGCAUUGCCCUUUCUCUCUCUUUCACCUUUUGAUCUCAGAAAUGAUCAUGUCGGCAGACCCUGAACAUUAACCUUGACUAGAAAAGCAAGACAAUAUCAGGUGAUGUCUGAGCAAGCCACAGUCUUACAGUAUUCUCAGCUGCUUCUCCUCCUAGGACAGUCCACACAGAUUCAUUGCAGGCAUGGAGAAACUGAGAAUUCCUCUUAGAGCUGUUAAGUGUCUGAGGAAUCAGAGGGAUUAUCUCUCAUUUUAGGAUUCCCUAAAUGCAUACACAGUCUCAUAGACAGUUCUUGAAUUAGAGCGUCCUCUUGAGAGAGAGGAAGAGGAAGGAGAGGGAGUGGGGAGAGAGAGGGAGUUCAGUUGUGUCUGAUGAAUGUUUCUUCCAGGACUAGGUUUCCUUAAUCCUUCUCAUCUUAAGAUAGUUUAGAUUUCAUAGCCUCCUUUCCCUGCCCUGACUAAUGGUUUUAAGCUGUAAAACCAAGCAGGUAACCUUAUGGCUUAAACUUUAGGCCCUAAGGUGAAAAAAAAAAAUUGUUGACUUUGUUGGGUCUUCUUUCUUUUUAACUUAUAAGAAUGUUCUCUCUAAUCAGUACUUUUUGUCUGCAAACAAGCUUUGACUUCUCAAACUGUUGACAACUUGGCUUUGUUUUUGAAUUAUCAGUCUUCUGCUAAUUGUAUUUAACAUGUCCCAUGUGGAAAGAAAGUUUUGGCCUUAGAAGUGGCUGGAAAACAUUGGCCCCAAUAAAUUAUAUUCAACCUGUCCUUCAUUAUAAAGAAAUAUUUGGUUGAGAAUGGCUUUUGUAUAGGAAGAUCCUAAAAUGGAUGAAACAUGUGACAAAUGGUCAUUGGUCCAUUGUUAGUAAGGAGAAAAGAAAUUGUCAGGAUAGAUAAUUGAAUUAUUGAAAUCUGUCACUGCAAGGGUCAGCCUUUUUUCUUUCCAAAUCAGAGAGCAAUCCUCUCAGACUUCCUUACAUAGCCUUGAACAUGCCAACAAUCUGGGCUCCUGCUGUCUGGAUGGGGGUUACUUCUCUUGAAUUCUCUCUACCUAAUUUGGAAGAAUAAAAUAUAGGCCAUUUUUUAAUCUUCUGUGUGUGUGCGUAAAAUAUGUGUGUGUGUGCAUAUCUCAUACAUUUUUUUCAGUUUUAUGAACUUUAAUAAUUGAAUUACUAUGAUUGAAAUUAUUUCUAGCAUAGUGUGUCAGAAAGCAUUCUUAUCUUCUCUGUAAGAGAGAGUUCCAAGGACCUGAGUAUAUUUUUCUGUCUAGAACCAUUCAAGGGCUGAAUUUGUGGACUUAUCAUAUGUUCAACAAUAAUCCUGUAUUUGGUCAAGGGUAUAAGGGAAAUUUCUGUAUAUCUUUUGCAACUUCAUGUGAAUCUACAAUAAUUCCAAAAUAAAAAAAGUUUAAAAAGUACCUGUAAAAAGAAAUCUCUCAAUAAACAUAAAA